AUUGAGUUUCCUUCUCUCCCUUUUCUAAAAUCAAUAAUUCAAUAUUCUUGACAAGCAAGCAAGAAGAAAGAUAAACAUGUCCAUCUCUGCUACAAUUGGCUUAUCACCACCCACCACUCUCUCCUUUACGUCGUCGCUUCGUGCCUCCAACCCUCUCCUCCCACCCCUUACCACCGCUCGCGGCGUUGGCGGAUUGAUUAUAGAGUGCUCGUCAAGACCCAACAAGAAGGCCACGUCGCAUCACAUGAAGACCAGGCCACGCAAGACGCAGCCAUGGGAUGUCAGACGCAAACCCACCGUCUACCCUCCUCUCCCUCCUCUUCCUCCUGACUGGACUCUCCUUUCUUCUUCUUCUUCUUCUUCCGAUGAUGGUGUUGCUUCUGCUACUGAGACUUCUCUGCCUUCUCCUCCUCUUUAGACACCAUUUUCCAGUGGGUAAUUUCCUGUUUGUUGUUCUGUCGAUUUUGGCGCUCUUCUUUGAUGCUGUGUGUUUGAUUUUGUGGAUGUUGUAUGUGAUUAGUCAGUUUCUAACUUCUUCCGGCUGAAAAGGCCUCAACUUUAUUUAUUGCUCACGACCUGUUUGAUGUUAAGUCUAAAAGAAGAGAGUGAAUACUGUUUUGAUGUUUGGGAGAACUAGCCAUUAAAAAAUAGUUCGAAUUUAGCAGA